UCUGAUAUUUUUGGAGGAUGUACACUGAUUAUUUUUGAGCGAAGGGCACCUCGCUUCCCACCCCCGUCGACCUCAGGCCCUCGGUGGACCAACUGCAGUGGCACGAGGUCCUGGAAGACGUCAUCCGCCACGCCGGUUACUUCCGAACCGUGCACGUUUUAUGCGCUUACCCCGAGGUCUGCCUUCAGGUAACGAACGCAAACGUCAUGCCGCCACGCACACCACUAACGCUUUGUUCAGACAGAGGGUUCCAGGUUGUCUAUACAUUCCCUAGAAGCCAUAGGGCGCCGUGCUUCGAGACGAUGUGUGUUACACGUGCCUCCGACUUUUGUUACUUUCCGAGGAUGUUUGGCGUAGGAAGGUCGCUGGCCGGGGCCGGACCCGAUCCUCCUCCGGCCGCACACGCUGUGGAACGCGUCGUGGCCGGACGAGCCCCGCCUCGCCACCGAGGCGUGCGGGCGGGACAUGUCAGGGAGGGACCUGGUGCUGCUCGUCGCGCCCUCCAACCAGACGGCCGCCCAGCUGGCCCUCGUCUGCAAGUCCAACAACCCCAGGCAAACCAACGGCCUAGGCCCAUGCAGGGGGAGGGGCGGGACUCUGCCAUGCCUUUGGGGAUGCAAGUACUCUUUACCAGGGCGGUAACACAUACCAGGACUAUGACAACGUCGUCCAUGACGAUGCAGGUACAUCGUGGCCUGGCCGUACGACCGCGCCGACCCGGCACCGGGCAUAGCAAACGUGUUGGCGGAGGCCCUCAAGGUCGGCCGCCUGCGCACCGUGUCCAUGGACGUCCCCGUGUUGGCGGGGGCUGCGGCCUCGGCUAUGGCCUCGGUUCCCGGCGGCGCCCCCCUGCUCUUCUACCGCCUGCAGCCGUACUCGGCGCUGACGCCGUGCCUCAAGCAGCUCCGUCCGCUGAAGGUGGGCGCGUGGCGCCGCGGGGAAGGGUUCGUCGGCAACACGACGCUGUUCCCCUCCGGCGAGCUGUGGCACUUCCAGAACUGCCCGCUCAAGGUCGCGGUCCGCCUGUACCCGCCGUUCGCCGACCUCAAGCGGCUCAAGAUCCCGUCCGCCGAGGGUGACGUGUGGGAGUUCCGCGGCCAGUUCACGCCCCUGCUCCGGGCGCUGGAGUACGGCAUGCACGCGCACUUCAACCUGUCGCCCAUGCCCGACACGGGCAAGCCGGAGGCCCCUGUGAGGUCGAACUUCGACCUGUACCUGACGCGGACGCUGCCCGACCCGGAGCACCGGUCCGAGGUGCCCACCACGGGCCGCUCGGGCUGCUACACCGUGUGCGUGCCCCGGCGCUGGCGCCAGACGCCCCUGUGGCGCGCGCUGCUCGCCGAGUUCUCCGCGCCCGUGUGGGCGCUCGUGAUCGCCACGUUCAUCACCAUGCGCCUUGCGCUCACGCCCAUCCUGGACGAGCGGGACCGGCGGCGCGGGGUGCGAGCGCGCCACGACGUCGGCUUCCUCCUCCUGGCCGGCGUGCUCGGCUCGGUGCAGGCCAGCACCCCGGGCUACAAGCCCACCAGGGCUGCUAGCAACCGAGAGCGCUCACUGUUUGUGAUGUGGCUGUUCUUCUCGCUGGUCAUGUCGACGGCCUACCAGGCCGUGCAGCACAGCCUGCGCACCGCCCCGCAGAUCGUCGACUCGCUCCGCGACUUGGAGGUCCUCGCCCACUCCGACGUUAUCAUCAACGGGCCCCAAGUGGCGAUGGCGGCCCUGUCCCAGGCCCCGGGCGGCGCCAUGCUGCUGAAGCGCUACAGGACCUACAACUUCUCGGGCAUCACGACCAUGAAGCUGAGCCUGGACGAGGCCUACAUGUGCAGCGCCUUCGAGCGGUUCUUCCUCGAGCGGAAGCUGGGCCGCGACGAGGCGGGCCGGCCCUUCCACGUGCCCGUCGACAACUGCAUGGUCAGCUUCGCCGAGGCCUUCAUCGCGCUGCCCGUCGGCUCCUUCUACCUGCACAAGGCGAGCGAGGUGAUCCUGCGCAUGACGGAGACGGGCAUCACGCAGCACGUCAUCGGGCGGCGGACGGGCGACUCCGUGCUGCUGAUGAAGGCCAGCGACACGGCGCCGGGCGGCCCGCAGCGCGAGGACCUCGUCCAGCUGAGCCCCGCGCUCCUCCUGCUGGGCGUCGGGCUCGGCCUCGCCGCCGCCGCCUUCCUCCUGGAGCUGGCCGUGGCCAGCGGGGCCUGCGGCCGCCCGGGGUGGUGGCCGUGCGCGGCACGGCCGGUGGCGGCUGUGCGGCGUGAGGACCCCGCGGGACAACCAAUCGCAGCAGCACCACCGUUCAAAGACGAAUUGUGGCCACGCCGACGGUUAGCAGCAGCCGGCAACGAUCACUCCGCAACCAUCACCGCUGAUUCGUGGACGCUGUUCCUGCCAUGAGAAAUCUAGCACACGGCAAAACAAAAUCUAGGACUUUAAAAAUUUCAAAUAAAAUAAAAACGAAACAAAAUUAGCGCGUUUAUUGUCGAUUAUUGAGAGAGUGAAAAUUAUCUUAUACAUUCAAAAUUAUUUCUUUCCGAAUUUCAUUAUUUCUUUUUAUGUGGCCCAUGUGGGAUCUAUGCGGGACCA